AUGGCUCAUUGUUGCCCCCUUCUGAUUAUUGUUUGUUACAGACAUGGGGAGAAGUGUUGAUUCUGCAGACCUGUUAGACUAGAGUUUCUGACUGAUAUGUUCUGUUGUUCUAUGUGCCAGCGGAGACAGAGCAUGCUCAGAGAGUCCCAGACAUGGACUCAGCCCAGCAGCUGAAACUGAGAGAGAGACAGCGCUUCUUUGAGGAGGUCUUUCAGCACGAUGUGGAUGUCUACCUGUCCUCGGCCCACCUGCAGAUUCAUGACUAUAAGAGACGUGAGUGCAGUCGGCAUCACACACAUGUAUGCACACAUGUACCCUAACCCUAAUCUUAGCUUCAUGUCCAUACCCCAGCUCAACCCUUACCCAAGCCAUUGCCCUAACCCUAGAUUCAACUCCACAACCCUCUCUCUCUCACUCACUCACUCACACACCGGUGUGAACGUUUCUGGGUUGUUCUUUUGCAUCCCUUUGAUAUUUUAAGUAGAAAUUGUGCACAAAUAUUGAAUUUUAAAAAGCCUGUAAUAUCAAAUAAAGUGCCCGUUAAUAUAGACCACAUGGAAAAUUCAAUAAAUCUGAUUUUUUAUAUGAAUAAAGACUUGCUUAAGUGCCAAAAUUCUGCAUUUUGACAUGCGUCCUCUGACUUCUAGGAAGAUUCUAACCCACUUAACCCCAACAUUUCUCCAGGUUUUCACCAUCAUAGUAAAGCCCUUGUUAUUUUGUUGCUUUGACAAAGUGAUUUCUGAAGAUUAUUAUUUAUUUCAUGAUAUUAGUGAUUCGUUUUAAGGUAAAAAAACUUUUCAUAGUCAAAUCAUAGUGUAAAAGCAGGUGAGCUUGUUCUACUCCUUUUGGCCAUUUUAUGGUGUUUUGUGGUGGAAAACUGAGAGGGUUGAGCAUAACACGUCAGCCCUGUUACCCAUAGAUAGAAGGCUAGAAAUGUUUUAACAAUAUACUUUUUUUCUGUUUCAAACAAUAAGCUUCCAUUUCACCUGUCACAAGGGUAUUUGGGGCUGAUUUAAGAUGAAGUCGUCUACUCUGUUACGGUCAACCCUGUAACUUUAUUUGGCACUUAUCAAAUCAAAUCAAUGUUAUUUGGCACAUGAGCUGAAUACAACAGGUACAACAGUGAAAUGCUUACUUACAAGCCCUUAACCAACAAUGCAGUUUUAAGAAAAAUAAGUGUUAAGUAAAACAUAGAUAAGUACCAAAAAAAAGACUACACAUAAAAAUAGAAAAAUAACAAAUAAUUAAAGAGCAGCAGUAAAAUAACAGUAGCGAGGCUAUAUACUCAGGGUACCGGUACAGAGUCAAUGUGUGGGGGCACAGGUUAGGAGAGUAGCAGCAGCGUAAAAAGGGGGGGGGGGCAAUGCAAACAGUCCAGGUAGCCAUUUGAUUAUCUGUUCAGGAGUCUUAUGGCUUGGGGGUAGAAGCUGUUAAGAAGCGUUUUGGAUCUAGACUUGGCGCUCCGGUACCGCUUGCUGUGCGGUAGCAGAGAGAACAGUCUAUGACUAGGGUGGCUGGAGUAUUUGGCAAUUUUUUGGGUCUUCCUCUGACACCGCCUGCUAUAGAGGUCCUAGAUGGCAGGAAGCUUGGCCCCAGUGAUGUACUGGGCCGUACGCACUACCCUCUGUAGUGCUUUGCGGUCGGAGGCCGAGCAGUUGCCAUACCAGGCGGUGAUGCAACCAGUCAGGAUGCUCUCGAUGGUGCAGCUGUAGAACAUUUUGAGGAUCUGAGGACCCAUGCCAAAUCCUUUCAGUCUCCUGAGGGCACUUACUAUAGUAUAUAAAAAAAUGUAACCUCUUGAGAUGGGGAAAAUGUUUUUCAUUAAGUGAAUAUGUGCUGUUUAUGACAGAAUGUUAAAAUUAGGUGAAAUAAAACAUUUCCUUACCACCAAGUUACACUACUCGAAAGGCACCGAAUUGGUGGAACGACCCUUCUAAAUGUUGCUAAACAUUUCCUUUGAGAAGUGAAGCUGACAUACAGUAAAUGCCUCUAAUUAACAAUAAUGUUUGUCUCUUGUGUUGUUGUUAGCUCCCAUUGGCAGCGUCUCGUCCAUGGAGGUGAACGUGGACAUGCUGGAGCAGAUGGACCUUAUGGACAUCUCUGACCAGGAGGCCCUGGAUGUCUUCCUCAGCUCUGGGGGGGAUGAGGGGGUGCUGGCCUCCCCUCUGCCAGGUAAAGGUGAGUGGAGGGGAAACUCCCAUCCUGAGGCCGUCCCGUGUUGAUAGAGUAGUAUUUAGCAGAGAGUCAAGGCUUUGUCCCUCCCCUAUACUAGCUGGCAACAUUAACUGCAAUACUGAGUGCAGCAAUGAGAAUCUGUGGCCUAACAUCCCUUUCAUUUCACCCACAGUAGUUCAUGGCAACAACAACAACAAUGAGGUCAUCAGCCAGGGACGCUCUCCCCACAACACUGACGGUUGUGUGGGGAAGUCCCGCAUGUCCUCCACCUCCUCCACUUCCUCCACCAACAGCCAGAACACCAAUGAGGACGGAAGGGAAACCCCUGUAGUCCAAUCAGAUGAUGAGGAUGUGAAUGUUGACACACUCUUGCUGAUGGGAUCACCCCCAGGGAAAGAUGAGGAGAAGGAUCGGCCCAUCUUCUCUUCAUAG